GAUGCUAGAGCCGCAGCCUCCUUCAGUGUGCGGCCGCAGGCAGCGGAACACAACAGGAAACAAUGAGAGGACAGCUGACCGUCUGCACACACACUGACUGACCAUGGCCGGUCGGCGCACAGACUGUCCUCCUGUCCACUCGGGAGAACCCGCGAGUGGGCUGAAAACCGCGCGAAUGCCUCUGCUCCCGGAACCGUCCAGACAGAGCGCGGACGCGGCGCAGACGCUGCGGGAGCUGCCGCGGUGGAUGCGCCUGUACUUCUACGGCAUGCACGGCGUGACUCUGGACGUCCUGCUGUCGUCUGUGCACAGGCUGCUGAAUUCUCGGGACCCUAAACUGGUGGGCUUCUCUUCUGUGUACCUCUGCGUGGUGCAUUCACUGACCCACUUUGCGUUGGAGAAGAUCUACUCACAGAAGAGGUGCUUCCGAGGUCGGCCUGUGGUCUUCCAUCUGGUUUUCUACCCCUCCGUCUACAUCGGGCUGCAGAUCCUGAUCGGGAACAUCCACACCCUGACCGAGCAGGUGAAGGUGGUCUCGGGGACCCAGCUGGCCGUGCACUACAUGUUGGCUCUGUACUUCGCCCAGGUGUUCCACAGAGGGUUGUCUCGGCUGCAGUACCACCCCUCCUGUCCCGAACCCAUCCGGGGGUCCGGGUCCGGCACACAUGUGCAGGGGCCUUUCCACAGCCUCCCCGGCUUUGUGCGCUUCUUGUUCUUUGGGAUGCACGGCUUUCUGGAUGAGGUGCUUUUCACAUCAGUCUUCAACCUGGUGGAGAAGUCUGACCGGACCCUGAGCGGACACACGUCCCUGUGGUCCUUCCUGAUGUACGGCAGCUGCAGCUUCGUGGUGGAGAAGCUCUACCUCCACCUGCACUUCAGCAGAGGAUGGGGGACGUGGCGGAGGCUCCCCCUCUACAUCUGCUUCAUCUACACAUGGGAGUUCUCCUGGGGCCUGGUCCUCAGGCAGUUUGACGCCUGUUCCUGGGACUAUUCCCACUAUCCUCACAACUUCAUGGGACUCAUCACCCUUCUGUACCUGCCUGGGUGGGUCUGCCUGAGUUUGUACCAGGAUGUUCUGUCUAAUGUGCUGCUGAGAAUCAGAUGCACCGAAGAUGGAGAUGGAGUGAGUGAGGAGAACGGAGAGCUCAAUGGACCACUAGAGCCCAGGAAAAAACUCUAACUUAAAUGCCUGUUUUACAGAUUUGAACCACUUCUUGGCAACACCUGUUUCUUUUAUUGAAUACAUUUUUACUCAAAAUGAGAGACUUAUAUUUCAUUCCCUAAAAACACCCAAGACCCUGGUUGUUUUGAAGAUUAACCCGUAAAGACCCAAACAGCUACUGGGGAUCAAUCUACUGAUCUAAGCUGUUGAAUCUUUUCAUGGUCAUCAGAUAUGACCCAUUUGGACAUUCAG